AAUACAUAUGAUGCUUAUAAUAUGAGUUGGUUUAAGCGAAAUAAAGGAAUUGAAAAAACUGACGAUCUUGAUUUGUCUGCAUGUUUUGAUAGUUUUAAUAAACAUUGGCAACACACCUUUGAAAUAAUUGAUCGAUAUCAAACUGGAAAAGGUGUUAUUAAGAAUGAUGAUAUUGUAGCCGUCAUAAAUCAUUUAAAUCAAUUAAUAAAGCUAUUGUUACUUGACAUACAAUCAGCCAAAUCUACCAAUCAGUCGCGAUGUUUUGAAUACUUUUUGAAUAACCAAUUACUAGAAAAAAUAUACUCAUGGAGUUUAAAAACAGACCAAUUCCAAAACCGUUUAAAACUGGAACAACUAAAAGUUUAUGGAGUUCUUCUAUCAGAACUUCGAGGACAUCAAUUUCUUUCUGAUGAUUCUAUAUUAAAUCCUUUAAUUUUAAUAUUAAACUCAUAUGAUGGUGAUUGCUUGUCUGUAGAAAUUGAAAAACACUUGGUUACAGUUUUAAGACAGUUUUGUGUAGUUCUUUCUCAUCAACCAAAUAUAUUAUGCAAUGUUUUAAAAGAGAACUCUAUAAAUUCAAAAUGUGUUAUAUUGUCAUUAUUGAUGGCAUUCAUACACCGUGAUGGAUCAAUUGGCGAAGAAGCUCGUGAUGCCUUAUUGAUAUUUGUGUCAUUAUCUCGUCAAAAUGAUACACUAGCUAAUAUCAUAACAUCGAAAUCAAAUGUGAGUCCUGUAUUGGCAACUGGUUUAAGUGGUCUAUAUUCAGUGUUGCCUCGAAAAUUAGAUUUUGAAAAUGAUUGCUACAGACUGAGCCCAAAAAAUAUAGAAGAUGUACCAGAACUAAGUAAUUUUUUAGCUUCAGUAGAAUUGUGUAAUGCUGUUGCUAAAAUAUGUCACAAAACUGUGUAUGAUCAACUUUUGGAUUACUUAUAUCAUGGGUUCUUACUACCAGUUGUCGGGCCGGCACUAAUGCAGGACUUUGAAAAUAACUGCGGUAUCAAUACACAUUUAUCGCGGGUGGCAGAAGAAGAAGUAGCUACAGCAACAGUAUAUUUAGAUUUACUACUUCGUAGUGUAACUCAUCCAGGACUUCUACAAACAUUUGUAAAAUUUGUUCUUUGUGAAAGAUUUGAAAAAAUAAAAAUAAUUGAAUUGCUCAUCAAUCGAAUUAAUAACAAAUCUUUCAAGGUUUGUAUUGCCACACUUGCUUUGAUGGAAACAAUUUUAGACUUAAACUGCGAGGAUGUUAUGUUGGAACUAGUAUUCAAGUAUUUAGUACCUUGCACACAUAUAAUGCUUAGCCAACGUUCACGUAUUAAACAAGUAGAUUCAUAUUGUAAAUCAGCUGACAUAUUUUUAUCCUUAAUACCGGAUGUCUUCAAAUAUAGGAAUGUUAAUUCUCAAACUUUAUACUCUGAAUACCAAGGUUACUUGAAUUAUGCACGAAUUAAGAUAGCUGAAUGUGCUAUGGAAACUAAACACUGGACAUAUUUAUAUGAUGGAGAAAAUCCAUCUCACACAAUAGUUGAAACUAAAACAAUUGAAAUGGAGAAUGAUCAAAAUAGCAUAUUAUCAGCUGAUGAUAGUUCAAGUGGAUAUGAAAGUUUCAAAGCCAUGAAAGACAUUGACAAAAUGCUUGGAAAUGAUGAGAAUAGUAAACAUGCUGAUGAAAUGUUAUCAAACACUUCUUCACCAUGUGGAAGUGAUUCACCUACAUGCUUUAUUAGACAAACAACAUUCAAAACAAAAGAACCAUUUACGCAAUAUCCUUGUUUAGGUCCAUUUCUCGAAGCACUAUUUUCAAAUCUUGAAAAUUUGCCCGAACAAGAUUUUCGGAUAAAUCUACGUCUGACUGCCGUCAUGACUCGUUUGUCUAUGUAUAAAAAACCUUUAAUUCAGUCAUUGUUACUAAAUCAUUCUAUGAUCUUCCAACCUUGCAUACGUUCUCUGUUUCAAAUAUUGCGUUCUUUAAAACAAACUAUAGAAACUAAAUUAAGCGGUCGCAUGGAAAAAGUUAUAGAAGCUGAAGCAUUUCUAAUUGAACGAGAAAAUAAACUGUGCAACACGCAAUGCAAUCGUUCUGUUAGUGAAAAGAUUCCUGAACCAUUUUCUAGAGGGGAAACCAAACGACGUAGCAUAUCAGUAGCAUUUGGAGCUAUGUUUAGAAGAAAUUCUGGUAACAAGGAAGCCAUAUUAGAAUCAACAAGUAAUGGUUACAGGUAUUACAAAGAAAACGAAACUGAGUCCUUAGACUUACCAAUAAAUGCUAUUAUUUUAGCAGAAUGGUUGAAGGAAUUAUCGGCCAUUUGUCAAGAACACACAAUUAGCUAGUUAAUGUGCAUAAAUAUAGGACAUAGGUACAACAUGAAUUAUAUUAUUAUUAAUAUUACUCAUAUUAUUAGUAUAUAGAUAUAUUUUUUUUACUGUAAACUUAAAAGAUUUUACCCUUUUGAAGUAAUUAAAUUGUUAACUCAAAUAUUUUGCUCAAACUAAUUGUUUUAAUUAAUAGAUCUGUGAAUUGUUUUUUACUCAUUUUUAUUGUUAGUUGAAACUUGAAUUAGAUAUUAUGAUAUAAUAAUAUUAUAUGAAAUGAAGGAAAAUAUUCCGUCCAUGUUUUAAAUUUGCAAUUAUGAGAGUAUUCAUAACUUAUGUCAUGUAUCCCCAUCGCAACAGACUGCUGUACUUAAAUUGGUACGUUCAAAGUUGAUCUUCCAAUUGAAAUAUUAUAUUAUUUAUUUAAAAAC